UCAAUUUUGACUGUGACCGGUGGAAAAUCAGAUAUAAACAAACAACUCUUUUUACAUUAACUUUAAAAAUUGUUUUUAGUUAUAUAGCACUGUUCGUAAUUUUGCCAUGGCCAAAGUAGAAUCUAUCGGUCGGAGCAGUCCAGAUUGUUUAAAUGUUGAUUUUAUGCGAUCUUUAGUGAAACAAUACUCUGAAUUGGGUCAAUGGACUAGUGCAUUUUUCUGGGCGGAUGCUGCGGCUGCAACAAGCAAUGACUCCGCCAGCGGUGACGACAUAUGGCUGCUGGCCAGCACUAUGCUCUCACGAGGUGAGCUGCACCGAGCAGCACAUGCUAUCACUUCCAGGGGACUUCACAGACGACAUCUUCUCUGCCUGGGAGUGGCUAUGCGAGCCUACUACUCUGCCAAAGAACCUGCUACAGCACUGUCCAUAUUAGAUGAAUGUGAUAUAGCAUUGCUGGACCCAAGAAGUCAUGAUCAAACACACAAUAGAGCUCUAGCCAGUGUUUUGGUGUGGAAAGCAAGAGCUCUGUCAGCAUUGGAGAGAAGAGAAGCGGCAGCAGAAGAGCUGAUGUCAGCAUUACGUGCUGAUUGUGCUUGCUAUGAAGCUCUGGAUCUACUUUUAGAACAACACGCACUCACUCCUAGACAAGAGACUGAUCUUAUAGAAUCUCUACCAAUCAACAACCAGCUGAGCGGGGCGGAGGCUGCAUUACUCAGAACUGCAUACAGAGAUCGUUUGCUAAGAUAUGCACCAGUGAAAGCCACACCUACAAACACAGACGAGCGAGGUGACUCUACCGAAAGUGCAACUACCACGCCUAGUUCGGUGGAAAUGGUAUUAGCACGGAGUUCAGAGGGCGCUGCCCGUAAAGCCCGGCGGCUGGCUGCGGCGGGGCACUGGGCGGAGGCCCUCAAGGCCUUAGACCAGGCGGGGCCCUGGGCCUGCGCUGAUGUGAGGGCCGCCUGUCUCGUGGAACUGAGAAAGAGUGCAGAACUAUUUGCCUUCGCACAUGCUUUAGUUGAUGCGUACCCACAAUUGUGGACCUCGUGGUUUGCUGUUGGAUGUUAUUAUUACCUUAUCGGUAAGAGUGAGUUCGCACGUCGUUAUCUGAACAAGGCGAAGAGUUUGGAGCCCGGCGCUGGCUGCAUCUGGCUGGCGUAUGGGCACAGCUUCGCCGCUGAGAAUGAACAUGAUCAAGCGAUGGCAGCUUAUUUCAAGGCGACGCAGCUGAUGGCUGGGUGCCACCUGCCCGCACUGUACGUCGGUGUUGAAUGUUCGUUGCUCAACAACGUGAGCAUGUGUGAACGCUUCCUGCUGCGAGCUGCUACACUGCAUAGUGACACUGAGGGCGCGGAUGUGGGGGCAGACGAAAGUAACGCGGAGAACAGUUGUGGAUGGGAGCGCAUCGCGCGCGUUGUGUGCGACCCAUACGUAGCGCAUGAGGCGGGCGCGGCGGCGCACGCGGCCGGCGACCACGAGCGCGCCUGCGCACUCUGGCUGCGCGCGCUACACGCCGCCAGGGAUGAGCGCGACCAGCUGCACCCUCGUUGGGCGGCGACACUAGAUGGUCUGGGGCACGCGUGUCGCGCGCUCGGUGAGACGCGCGCGGCGCUGCGCUGGCACGAACGCGCGUUAGCUCUGCGGCCGGCGCGCGCCGCCUCGUUAGCUGCGCGCGGCCUCUGCCUCGCGCUGCUGGGCCGCACGCGCGCAGCCGCAGACGUGCUGCACGCCGCACUCGCCCGGGACCCUGAUGAUGUGGUGGCGCUCGCACUCCUCGAUGCUGUGGUGGAUAGACUGGAUGCAGCGCUCACUGACGAAGAAAUCCCCCAGUUCCCGUUCCCCACGGUGAACCUGUCGCUGGGGACGCCCCACACGCCCCACACACCCCACACUCCAGGCGCGCACACCCCGCACACGCCCCACGCCGACGCCACCAACACAUCAGAUAUGAGCAUGAGUUUCGACUGAAUAUAAAUACAUAAUAAAAUAUUAAUUUGGACUUA